AUGAAAUGAAGACAAAGAAGAAUAUAGAGGGUUGCAACUUCUCAGGAUUCAAAACAAAUGAGCUUACUCAACUACCCAGACAUUUGGAUGCUGAACGAAUUUAUCUUUUCAUUUUAAAAGCCCAUAACUUUCAUGAAAAAGUUUUUAAAAUGUGGAAGACUCAUUUUCUCUCAGAAGCAUCUAUUGCUCUUUUGCAUGAUUCCUUUUGGUGGUGGUUUCUCCAUAAAUUUAAGCCUGACAGAGAAAAUCAAGAUUCCUUGUUUGAUAGAAUUUCAGAAAGUUAUGUGACACUUUUCAUGAGCAUACCUGUAAGUCAAAAGGAUGCGUUCUUUCAGGUAAAUAUAGAAAUUAACUGAUUAUGCUAAUUAUUUUUAGAGCAAUUGAAUUAGAAAAUAGUUACUUUAUUUAAACACAUAUGAGAACAGCUUUUGUUACUUUGAAAGCAAAAUUGCCUGAAGUAGAGUAAAUAAUGGUAAUAUUUAAAAAGUUAUACCUCCCACACCAGAAUAUUCUAUUCCCUUGACUAAAAGUCUUACAGAAU